GCCAAGUAAAAUGCCAGGAUAUUCCGUACUUAUAGAACAAGUUAUAAAAAGUUUUGGGGAAUCUGAGAGACAUAGUGAAUCAUUAAGUGUGUUAAAAGAAUUAUUCAGAAACGACAUCAAUUCACCUAGGAAAUACGAGAAAAUAACAAGUAUUGGGCAGUUGCUUAGAAUUUUAGAAGUAAGAGAUGUAUUAUCAGAGAACAAUAUUCAACCAUUGAAAGUGAUUGCACUCGAAUUAUCAAAUAACCGACUGUUAGGAAGAAUCCAGGAGUAUGAGCAGUCUCAUGUUCCAGUACAAUGUAUGAACUAUUAUGGUCAAUUGGCUGCAGCAGGUGAAAACAAUCUUAAUUCACCACAGAGACAACCACUUCAAAGUGUUAGCAGUAAUUUGAACACAGCCAUGAGUGAGCAAAAGAUAAAAAGAAUUAAGCAAGCACUUGUUGAAGAUAUUGGUACAUUUUGGAAAGAUUUAGCAAGAAGUUUAAAUAUUAAAGAAAGCAAAAUUGAAGAAAUCAAUGAUGAUUACAAUAAAGUAACAAUGAAAGCAAAAUGUGUAUUGGAAUUCUAUUUGGAAAACAAAGCAGAUCCACAAACUUGGUUUUAUGAUAUAUGUGAAGCUUUGGAAUAUUGUAAAAGAAAGGAUCUCUCUAAAAAACUUAAAAGGAUAUCAGUUAUGAACUUGUAA